UCUUUCAAAAAGUAAGGCGCGAUACCGGGAUUUGGGAAGACUCAUCGUGCGGCUGUUGGUGACUGGUAGAUUUGGACUACAGAAUCAUUAACGAGGCAUCCCGUACAACCUGGAAACACAGUGGACGAUAUCAUUGAUGAGUGAUGCCUGCCAAUCGCCUGAAAUCACCGGGGCGAAGCCCUCGCACCCCAUACAGCACACGACGCAGGAGAGGCCAAUCAGCAGGUACCACUCAGCAGAGAACACUGGACUCUUACUUUGGGAGGAACACUGGGAAUGAUCCCCAGCAGAGGGAGCCAGAGGUGGUGCAGGCUCCUCCACCCGCUACUCCACCCGCUCCUCCACCCGCGAUGUGCCACUGGAAGAAUCGCUACCUUCGCUACCACCAGCAGGAGGAAGGAGGAGAAGGAAGAGGAGAGGAGCUAGAGGUCAAAUCCAUUCUGGAGGAAAACCACAUGACCCCAGAUUACAACCUCUGUUUAUUACAAAUGGCAAAGUACAUGUCUCAGACCUUCCACUGCAUGACAGUGGGUUCUGAGGGAGAGCACAGGAUCUUGGAGAGUAUCAGGGGUCAGCGCCUCUAUGAGAAGGCCAGAGCCUGCAUGCCAGAGAGCAUGAUACAGACGGAGGACCCGUGGUCAUCUCUGGCUCUGAUGCUGGUUCUGGCUGACGGGGUGGAGGAGUUGUGGCAGCUGGUGGUCAGUCUACGGAACUCUCUGACCCCUGAGCAGCUCUCAGAGUUUCUCUGGUGCUCCGCAACUCUGCUGCGCGCCAUGGCAGACAAACGGGUCAAAAUCAGCAACCGGUUGCACUAUAAUAUUUACUAUGUGCUGCACCUUAUUGAGAACAUCGUUCCUCCCACAAAUAUGUCAUCAGACAGGGCAAAUGCUCCUCAGAUGACCUCAGAACAACAGCAGAUUCUGAAUCAUGACCCAAAGGCAGACCAUGUUGUCAAGAUUAUGGCUUUUGCUGGUACGGGGAAAACUACAACACUGAAAUGGUACCAUGAAAAACUGUCGCAAUUUAGCUUCAACCUCUACUCUGUCUUCAAAGUGUUGCCUGACGGUGAACGCAGCAUUGUGUGGGCCAAGGUGGUCACCAAUACCAUCAACAACUUCUGGGCCUCCACAGAUCCUGACAUAGAUACCCAGCAUGUGCCUGAAUGGUUUGUCAACACCAGUGGGAACAAGGAGCGACCUGAUAAAGAAAAGACAAAGAUGUUCCUGAAAAAUGCCAAACACAUAUGGGAGAAGAUGAAGGAGGUUGAGCCAACAUCUGAGGAUGCCUAUCGCAUGUAUCAUGAUGGAUACCUUAAACUGUGGCAGCUGGAAGGUGGCAAGAUGAAAGACUACGAUGUCAUCUUUAUCGAUGAGGCCCAGGAUUGUACCCAAGCGAUCAUGGACAUCUUGCUGUCUCAACCAUGUGCAAAGAUCUUGGUGGGAGACCCUCACCAACAGAUUUACAGCUUCAGAGGAGCAAUCAACAGCCUGAACACAAUCCAACACACACACAUCUACUACCUGACACAGAGUUUCAGAUUUGGUCCUGAGAUUGCCUAUGUUGGAUCAACCAUACUUGAAGUUGGCAAACAUGUGAGGAAGACAAUGGUUGGAGGACAUCAAAAAGACUGUGUGCGAGGACAAGAUGUUGAGAUGUGGCGCAGGUUUAAGACAGGUGUGGGUGGAGCUGAUGGAAAGCUGGCUGUUCUCUGCCGAACAAACGCCUUGGUCUUCGAAGAGGCAGUGAGGCUUACGGACCCCAUGACGAACAGCCGUAUCCACAUUAUAGGCGGCCCUUCAAAACUUGGUUUGAGUAGAAUUCAAGACAUUUGGGCCCUUAAGCAUGACCUGUUUUCAGGGAUCAAGGAUCAUUUUAUCCGUCAGAUCAGUGUACAGCCAAUAGAUGGAAUGGUCGGUUAUGGGGGUCUGCAGCGGUAUGCUAAACUCACAGAGGACCAGGACCUGUUAUGGAAGAUCGCUAUGGUGAAAAAACAUGAUCAUCAAAUUCCGGAGCAAAUCAAACGCAUCCGUGAGAGACACCUGAGAACACCACAAAAAGCAGAUUUCAUCCUGAGCUCCAUGCAUAAGGCAAAAGGACUGGAAUUUGAUACGGUCUUCAUUAUGGAUGACUCUAGAGCACUUCAGGCCUCACCAGCUCAGGAACAUGGAGGGGAUCAAAGCUCUGUUUCAGAUGAUGACUGGAAUCUCAUGUAUAUGGCAGUAACCCGUGCAAAGAGAAAUGUCUUCCUGACCAAAACCAUCAUUGAUAUCCUUGGCCGUGCAGGAGAGUACUUCCUGAGGUCAGAGUUGUCUACAGUUCCAGCAGAGAAUCCUGUUCUCCAGUGUUCUACUCCGAAAUGCUCCAAUACCCGCCUUCGCAUGCAAAGACUCCCCAUCAGAUGUGUUGAUGGUGUGGAAAAAGAUGGUGCUGAGGGUUUGACCAGUGUUGACGAAAUGGCAGGUCACUUGGCAUUUCUGAUUAACUCAAAAAAGCCAAGUGCAUGAGAUGUUGUUGCAAUGAUAUAAAAUCAAGGAUGAAGGCAAAUGUGAUUCAUCAUGACCAAUGGCUAAGGACCACUCUCUGGAUAUCUGCAGACAGGGGCUAACUGAGUCAUUUCCGAGGGCAGAGCAGUUAUUUUAAAGCUUUUUUUUUAAGGUUUUUUGAGGGUUUUUUUUUUGUUCCAUUCAGACUGAAAUCACCAAUUAAUGUUCAAUGUUAACAUGGGCUCUGUGUACUGAACUUUUAAAUGCAUUGAAAUUAGGAUUGUAAAGGUACACGUAUUCGUACCAAACUGGGGUGCGUUUCUAGAAAGCGUCGUAGGCCAACUUGCGUCGCAAGUUCGCUCCGUGGUUCUUGGAUUUGGUGUUUCUAGAAAAGGUAGUUCAAACUCUCAAUCGCAAACAAGGACGCAAAGUUUGGUCGUUUGAACAACUGUGGCAGUCACACUUGUAUCGUUCCUUAGCUCCUGGUUGGUGAGGUCGUCAGUGUCUGUAGUGCCUAACCAAAAAUGCCCUACCAAAAAUCACAAAGUUGUUGUUUUUCUCCUGACUCAAUGUUUGCGCUAUGCUGUUAGCUACAUAUUAAUUAAAAGAUCAACUCCCCUGUUGGGCUCAUUCUUGCUAUUGUCUUAAUUUGCGUUUUGGUUGGCUACUAUUUUGGUAUUCACAAACCCUGCAAGUAAGCACACCGAUCAUUGGUACUGUGGCUGAGGCAAGUGGGUUGUCAAUUAAACGUUAUAGGUUCUAGCCCCCUAUGCAGUAAACAUGCUUUUGUUUCUGAAAACGUGGAAAUAACCCUACUAAAUAAUGCUGUGGAACUAUUAUUUAAACUGAUGUCGUGUUCCUAAUGGUCUCUCGAUGUAAAGUAAUUAUAUAUACUGUAUUCAGGGUCAACCCUAUUGUUGUGUGUCGUAGGCCUACUCAUACUCAAAAAUUACAUGGAGAGAUAAGAUGAGACCCUGGUGGCGCGCACACUGUAUCGACUUGCUGCAGCUUUGCCACGAGAUAGACAGUAACUGUGAUAAUUUGUGAUUUCUCUAGCCCAUACAUCUUUUUUACCACAGCUAUUUAACACAAAUAAUGACAUAUAUUGGUCAGCUUAAAUAAACUGUUUCAUGUGCUUGCAGUAGGUUUAUGUUUUUCCUGAUGGCAAUGAUAAUGCCAGCGAUAAUCAUUUUGGGUUUAAAUUAGAAAUAUAUCGACAGACAGGCUGUGGCAGAGAAUUUCUAGGGGUAUUAUGCAUUGCCACUUCCUCCAUUGGCGUUGUUUGUUCGCAAGUUGCGUCGUACCAUAGUGGUUUAGCAGCACCACUACUAGUAACUCCUCUAGAGACGCACCCCUGUUUAGGUACAGAAUGUAGGUCCUAUACAGAUGUGUCCGAAAUGUAUACGUUAUUAACAGUAUCAAUAGUAGGCUUUUGUUGUGUGUGGACCAUGUUGCAAAUUCGAGUUCCCACAAAAACAAGAAGUGGUAGUCCAUACUGUAUGUCAGUAUGUUCAUUAAUGUCAAAAACAUAUUUUGUAUAUUACAGCAGCACCCUCCUUUCCUGCCUCCUAUAAUCUCACUGUUUACACAUCAACAAAUACAACUGGUACAUCUUAAAACAAUUGAAUA